GGUGUCUCCAAGAGGGUCAAGUGCGAUACACUUAGUUACUUGAGACCCACUCAUUUCGUUCUGAUCACAAUACGAUAUCAGCAUUACCUUGACUAAGGCAAACACUCUUCAAUUUCUUCAUCGCCUGAUUAGUGUUGUUCAAACUGUUCUGUGCAAGUAUCGAUGCAGUGUUUUUUUUUUAGAAUUUAUACCAUUAUUUCAUUCCUGGUUGUUGUUGAUAAAGGCUUUCAUCACGUCAAGUAAUGCCACAUUCAUGGUAAACGCGCAUGCGCCAUAUCGCGAUAUACCUCCAACUUUCACAAAAGUAAAUUACACCUAUAAAUGCAAGCAGAAAGAUCACUUGAGGAUUUCCACCAAACUUUCAUUUAACUUGUUGACGCCAAGAACAUCAUCACGACUUCCAGUUUGAUUCUCGGCGGCUUUGAAACACUGACAUUUCCACUUCAACAAGAUUGAAAGUGUAUCUGCGCCAUGAGGAUCCUUAUGCUGAUAAUUGCUGUCGCCACGACAACCAUGUGCAACGCCAAAUACAGCUGCCCUCAAUUUUGGAAUAUGUUCGAGGGGAACUGCUACCGUUACCAGGGGGAUAGACUGACCUGGUCGGCUGCUGAAGCUAGAUGUAAUGAAUACUUCACCACCAAGGGAAUGGGACAUCUCGCCUCUGUCCUGAAUCUCGAAGAGAACCGAUUCAUCUACGAACUCUUCAAAUCCAGCGUGGACAUUAACAACAUACCAGACUGGGAGUAUGAUAUAGAAGCUCGUAAUCCAGUGUAUGGAAUAUGGAUUGGUCUUCAUCAGACUGUGGCAGACGGAUCCUGGGUGAACUCUGAUGGUAAGACACAAGGUAGAUUCGAGAGGUGGAUUGAAGGAGAGCCCAACAACAAUUAUUACGAUCAUUCACAGGUGGAAGACUGCGUCCACAUUUGGCGUUUGAGAGAUGACUCUGACAUUGCUCAAAGAUGGAACGAUAUGUACUGCAACGAGGUGAUGUCUUUCGUCUGUAAGAUGCCAGCGAACGAAUUCUAAACCCAGCUGAUAGUGAAAGAUGAUAGUCAGAAAUAAGACGACAUAUUAUUCGAUAGGCUAAUUCUCUGCCCCCCCCCCAAAAAAAUAAUCAGAAUCAUUCAAUAAUUUACUAGUAGUCGUUAUAAAAUCUAAUCCUCUUUUCUAAGUAGUUCGUUCCGCUGUUCCUCCCCUUCUCUCACAAAAUCCAUUUUGAUAUGUUUUUUAAAGUACGUUUGAUAAGAUUCCUACAAAGAGUAUGUGAACCAAAAUAAGAAUUUUAGGGGGGUUAUUUAGUUAAUUAAAGCAAUUCUUUUUUUAUUUUACGCAUAAAUUAGUAUAAUGCAUUAGCAAAGAGAUUUUUCGCAAAAUUUGAUCAUAUAUAUAUAUAGUUUUGUAGAUUAUGCAAUGGGUAAAGCACGUGCCAAUUUUCGUGGCGAUCGCGUGAUCGACGUCCAAGAUCAUAAGGGGGGGGGGGGGUGCUGAAUCAGCCCCCCAGUCUUCUUAAGCGUCCAAAUAGCCCUAAGAUCCUAAAAUUCUGACCUUCUUCAUUUUCGGUUUUCUAAUUAAUCAAGGGGGAAUGAGCUUUUGCUCUUAUCGGACCAACUCUCAAAAAUGCAAAGCCUGUAAUUUACAGUUUAAGGGCAACCUGAAGAUCCUAACGUGUGUUUGAAUGGUAGCCCCACCCCACUCUCUUUCUAUCUCGUUUUCAAAUUCUGUCUUCUUAAAGUGUCUGAGCAUGUUUAUCAAAGUUAAAACGACACUCUUGAAAUAUCACGUAUUAUCAUUAUCAUUCGUAUCAUUAUUUUUACUUUUGCAGCGGGUUUAUGGAUGCUAUUAAAACUUCUGCAACAAGCAUGAUCCUAAUCAAAAUGAAA